GAUGCGAGAGGCUCGCGUCAUCCGCCUGCGCCGGCGGCGUGGAGUCUGGAAACUGGAGACAUUAAAAGGGAUGCUAUGACUACAUGCCUUUCUCCCUCCGUAUAUGCUAUGAUUUGUAAACUUGGCUUUGAAGUCACAGAACAUCGGGACAUCAGUAGCGUUGUAAGUGAGAAUGGUGAAGUCUGCUGGAACACAAUUACAGACUGUGUGAGCUAUGCAGAAUCAGGUCUAGAUUACUGCAAGAGUGUACGGCUGCUGGGCCCCCUGUGUGAAGCUGUCCAUCUGCACUACCUGUCUCUGACCAGAGUGCACUUCGACAUUCUAUAUGCAUCCUGGUUCCAGUGGACACACUGCCCUGAGCUGUUUCCUGAAAUCCUGGACGCUCUGCAGAGCCUGCAGCCCACUGCCGUGCCGCUCAGCAUCCUGAAACUGACUUCCUGUCUGGAGCGCGCGCUGGGUGACGUGUUUCUGCUGCUGGGAAAGGAAUGCCCCUUUCUCCUCCGAGACCUGCUUGCGUCCCAGGAGCUGGCGCAAGUCUUCGGGCAGCCUGUGAUGGAUGUGCUCAAGGUCUUCGUGGGCUCUCCGCAUGGACUCAACCUUCGCAACAUCCUGUGGCACGGCUUUGCAGCCCCUCAGGAGAUCCCGCCAAAGUACUGCUCCAUGCUGGUUCUGCUGGCAGCAGGCCUCGGGCAGCUCCUGGACAGCUUCCUUCAGCUCACCCAGCGCUCGCUGACACGCCGCUGCUUCCUGACUCUCGCCAACCUGGAGGAUGUGAGCGUCUUUCCUGCUGUCACUACCGAGGUCCUUUCCAUGUUGGACGCCAUGGUGAAGAAGUCCCCGGUAAUACCUGGCACCAUGACACCAUACUGGGAGGCCGCAAUCAGCAAUUUCAGGUCCCACAGGUUCGCCGACUGCGUCAUCCUGUUACUGACACAACUGGAAGCGGGGCUUCGGCGAGCGUUUGCUACUGUGAACGACUGUCCAGCCAGACUCCUGACGGCUGAGUCAACGAUUCUUUACACCACCUUUGAUGAGAUGUUGGCAAAGGACUUGAAUGAUGGUACGGCCAAUCAGCUUCCACUUCUCCUUGGGGAGCCUGUGAUGGAAUUUCUCUGGGAUGUGUUGAACCACCAGGAGGGCCCCCGCAUACGAGACCGACUGAGCCACGGGGAGGUCCACGUCUGCGAGGUUCCAGAAGGAGCUGCACACCAGCUGCUGGCGCUUUCCCUCGUGCUGUUACUCAGGCUCGGUCCCCACGGCGGCCUCCAUGCUGGUGUCGCGCCCUCGGAAGAAGCAACAGUACAGUCAUUGGUCAGCAUUGCCGAAGGCUACAGUUCUCGCUUCCAUCCUGCCUCUCAGCUGAAAAAGCAGGUGCUGAGCUGUGAAGAGAGCAUCAGCAGUUGGCCUGCACUUUCUCUGCCGGAAGGAGCAGCUCCAGAGGCAGCCAGAUCAGACGACCCGUGUGAAACCGAGGCCUGCACCACCUUAAUUGUGAAGGUGCUGUGUGAGAUGUGUCACCACCUACCUGGGCUUCACCGUCAUCUCGAUAACCUGGAUGGCCUUCGUUCUGAGAAGUGGGCCCAGGUGCUGAGAUCGCUCUGUGGCACAUCCAUCCCCACCCUGUACUGCCCGAGAGCAGUUCUUGAAGUGCUUGCCUUGCUCCAGAAAGUGUGUGCCCGAUGCCACCAAGUGUCCACCCAGGUCCUGGCCUCCACAGAGCGGCGGCACCGGCAGUGGCUGGACAAGACCCUGCGCUCUCGGCAGAGGCAGAACUACCUGCGCAUGUUACCCAGCAUUGAGCUGCUGUCUCCGGUCCUUCGCCUGGUUCUGCUGCUCGUUACCUUGGAAUUGGUCAGCAUCCACGCUGUUGGAGGGAAGAGCACGUGUGACUAUCAGCAGUAUGUCAAAUUCUUAAAGUCAGUCCUGCAGUACACUGAGAACCUGGCGACGUACACCAGCCCAGAGAGGAACAAGUGGAGCGAAACUGUCGGCCUCUCCCAUCGAGCCCUGCUGUCAAUGUGGGCCUUCGGUGAGAAGAAGCAAAUGCUGAUGCACUUAGCCACGAAACAAGCAGCACAGGAGUCCCCAAAACCUCAGAGGCGAAGGGCUUGUCUUGGCGUGUAAAGCAAGGCAUGUGGCAGGCCACGUCGGUGUCUGUGCAGUGGCAGGUUACUCAUCAGCUGCAGGCCGCCUCCCCCAGGCCGGGGACUCGCCACCAAGAGAGAGUGAGAGCUCAGAAAUGGAGGGGGGUGGCGGGAGGGCACCCUCUGCUGGCAAGACCCCACCACGUCUCUCCUGGGGGCCACUUCCUUCAGGCAAAGGGAAGAGCCAGGCAUAGCCCUUGGAGAGCUGACAAGUGGGGGUCUCUUGGCCUCCACUGAGUGGACUGCCAUGCUGUCACCUUUCUUCACCUGGGUUUCUGGCCUCAGGUCAUAGGAGGUGCCUGAUGAGGCCACAGAGUAAGAGGUGGGUGGCGAGGUGGCACCACACCUGAGGUGCUGGGACCUGAAGGCUGGUUCCUGCUUUGUGCCUCAGGAUGAGCUCGCACUGGUCCUGGGCCUGCUGGCCAGCUUCCUGGGAAGUUUCUUAUGGAGGGCCAGGGAGGGGUGGAAGCCCUCCACAAGAUGGACUGACCUAAGCCUCAACAGUGGCGCAAAGAGACCAAAGAUGCCGGGGAUGGAGCAGAAGAGAGAAGUCCAUGGAGCCCACUGUCCUUGAGGGAGUUUUCAGUGCCUGUGAGCUCCAUUCUAGCAAGACUCGGAAGUCUGAGAUGGCACAAUGCAUCUGCUCCUGACAGAGCUACACCUUUUUAAAAAAAAAUUUAUUUGAUCAUUUUAUUGGGGGCUCAUACCACUCUUAUCACAGUCCAUACAUCCAUCC